UCUGCUCCCGCCCCUCCGCGUGACAGCAGCAGCAGCCGGCGGUGCUCGGGCGCGCGAGAGGGACGACUUUUUAAGCGUGACCGCGGGGAUUCCUGCCAACAGUUUCGCUUUUCAUGCUGCCGAAGAGGAGCAGCAUAGCCGCUCGGGGCUUGUUUGAGAGGUCGCCUUUUCAAGUGCACGACACCACCACGCUCGCUGCUCCCCUCACGUCGCCGCUGCACCGGGACUUUAGACCAUGCUGGCGACACCGGCCCCUCUCCUAGUGCUCGCCGUUCUGAUCGCGGUGGCGGACAGAGGCUCCUGCAAUGCGAAAUGGGGCUACAAAGGUGAAUUCGCGCCCUACAACUGGGUGAACGUGGACACGAGCCCCAACGUGAACCAGUGCGGUGACAAGUUGCAGUCGCCAGUGGACCUCGACGACCGCUACGCCGAGUACGAGCCGGGACUGACGGAAAUCACCUUCAGCGGCUACGACCAGGAGCUGUACAACCCGUACAUCGUCAACAAUGGACACACGGUGCAAGUCUCGGCGACGGAGGAUUCGAACCGGUACAUCGAGGGCGCUCGUCUGCCUGGCCGCUUCCAGUUUGCCCAGUUCCACCUUCACUGGGGCGCAAACUCGAGCAGAGGGUCGGAGCACACGGUCCGUGGUUUCCAGUACCCGCUCGAGCUUCAUUUCGUGCAUUUCAACGCCAAAUACGGCUCCGCCGCCGAAGCCAUGAAGUACCAAGACGGACUCGCUGUCAUAGCCGUCUUCUUCGAGGUGAGCCCGACGGCGAACGACGACAUGAGCGUGCUCGUGGACGCGCUCAAGGAAGUGCGGCUGAGCGACGAGAAGGGCUUCAACCUGCAGAGGCCCGUGGUGCUGAACCGGUUUCUGCCGCGCAUCACGCGCAGCUACUUCCGCUACCUGGGCUCGCUGACCACGCCCCCGUGCUCGCAAGCCGUCACCUUCACGGUGAUGACCACCACUGUGCCAAUCAGCGAGGAGCAGCUGCAGCAGUUCCGGCUCCUGCGCGCGGGCAAGGACGAGAACUCGUCGACGAUGGUGGACAACUUCCGGCCCACGUUCCCGCUCAACGGCCGACGCGUGUUCAAGAGCUUCCCGUCGUCGGCCACGCGCCCGGGCCUGGGGCCCGAGGGCUUCCCUUCGCUCCAGGACGCCGACGACUCCUACGCCAUCCUCAGCGAGUCCGGCUUCGACGACAGGUUCAGGGAGUUGGCCUCGGUGGACUCCCUGGCCCAGGGCGUGGGUGAGGUGGUGCGUCGCUGCAACUACGUGCGCUCCUUCGUCGACUGGCCGAGGCACAGCCGCGUGUGCGCGCCAAUCUGGAACGCCUUCCAGGACCCACUAGGCCUAACGGCGUCCCAGCCGCUCGUGUUGGCGCCGCCCUUCUACGAGAACCCGGCCGCCGGUUACUACCAGCUGGUCGCCUACGGAAAGAAAAAGAAGAAGUAAACGCGUCCCCAGAGAAGUCACCCUCUCCCCCCCCACGUCACCGAUUACACCCUCGCGCGAAAUGUUUUGCUGUUAAGUCGAACCUCGAUAUAACGAAAUUGUACUUGUAGCGGAAAACUUUGUUAUAUCGCGAAUUUCGUUAAUUCGAGUUUCGUUAAUUUAAUGAAACUAAGAUCGGUAAAUAAAAAUAGUUCGUUACAUCGCGAAUUUCGCUAAAUCGAGGUUCGUUAUAUCGAGGUUUGACUGUAUUCAUUCUGUACAGUGUGUAAUCUUUUUCUUUUUUUUUUUGUUCUUCUUGAUUUUGUUUUUUUUAGGUAGUACAGUACGGUUCAAUGUUAAAGGGGACACCUAAUAUGUAUUCAGCCAUCGAUUAUCGCUGAGAUAUGGCAUGGAAGCCUACGAAGUAGCUUUUGCGUGUGUAGGCGUGCGUGCGCGCCUAUAACACAUGAUAUUAGGCGUUAUACAAAUGUGCCAGCUAUAUCAGCUUGGUUUAGGGGUUAGGUGCUCCCUUUAUGAAUUGACCAUACUGUACAUAGACAACAGGGCAACAGCGGUGGUUUAUCAAGCCGCUUACUAGUAUUCCAUGUGCCAUUUCACACACACAAAAAAAUGUGUUAUCGGUUCAGAGCUAACUGCAUGCGCACGAUGCCACCAUCGGUGGAUUCUGAGGCCCAUGUGUGCGGCUCGUAACGACCGAUAAUUUUGCUAAAGCCUCGCUGGGUUUCGUUUUUGGUAUAGUUUUGCUUUUAUUUUUUACCUCCUAGAGAUACUUUUUUUUUUUGCCAAAUUGUGUUUCGUGUCACUAUGUGCUGAAGUGCCAACAAUACUGAUGAGAAAGACAAAAGAAGAAAAAAAAAGAACACAGAUAAUUGUGUAGUAUGUAAAUCUGCUAUUUGUUGGAAACACAGACGUUGUGCUUGCGAGGUACGCAGCUUCGGAAGCUUAUUAUCUGGAAAGCUGUGCUAAGAAAAUGUUCCGGGCAGACGGAACUGAAGGAGUUCAUGAUGCUUGCAGCGAAUGCCAUUACAAACUCUUUUUUAUGUGUACAAAUCGUUGCCUUGAUUGGCCCUCUGUUAUGUGUUUAUGUGUGAAGCUACGGCUUUAGCUUUUAGCUACGCCUUUUUUUUUUUUUUUUUGUCCCAGAAAGAAAAUGAAAAUGAUGUGUGAAGGCAUCGCUUGGCUGUGCAACUGGAGUGUACGUUCGUACGUUUUCUUCAAGACUGAAUACGACUGUCACCUCUUUUGUUAGCAAAGUCAAUAAAAUGCGAAUGGCGACUAGUUGGAGGUAGAGAAAGGUCACUAGAAAGCGAAAUUCAGAAGAAUCUCUUGUCAGAUAUGUGAACCCCGGAAAGAUGCUCGAACUAUACGCGUACAAGCUCCAUGGAGUUCGACCACCUGCGACAGUCACAGGUGUAUCGAACCGUUGUGGGUAGCAGUAGUAUAUAGUAAUCUUCAAUUGCAAUUUAAAGGGAAACUCGACACUUCUGUGAACAGAAGUGAGAGUUCGUUGUUCCCAAAUUUCUCUUCUUUUUUAACUUCCAGCUCUGGCCACAAUAUACCAGAAUUUAAUCUUGAUAGCUCACUUAAACCUGAAGUAUUUUCCUGUUUGUUAGUUUUUUCCGGGCGCCUCAUACGCUAGUGAAUUAAUGGCUAGACCAUAUCACCUUUAAAUACGUCAGCAGAGUAAGACGGCCAAUGUAAAUCGAAAGCAGACUUUAAGCAGUAAUUGGUUUUUGAUUGAUUCGCCUUUUAGGUGAUCAGUUGUAUUAUUGCUACACAGAAGCACCUGAUGAAAGUGCACCUGUAGCUAGCAAUGAUGACUACGCAUAUUUUACUCUUGUUUACCGUGCUGACAAUAACUGCAUUAUCUCACGUGAUAAGUAUACUCAAUGUGCUAAUGAACGAUAGUUACAAUGAAGUUUGCUGCUUCUAUAACAACUAUAUUUGUACCAGGUCGUAGGCUGCAAUUUAUUUUUCAUGCAUUUUUCGUCGUGCUAAUUUUCGGUACGUAUAGUGGAAACAUCAUCUCGACGUUAUCAAGUUUCCUCAGAAAAAAUACGAGUAAGAAAUUACUAGCGUAAUGUCAUAGUGAUGCAAUACUCGACGCUGUUCUUCGUCCAUGUCUUAAUUCUCAUAUUUUGCUCACCGCAGUGCAUCGCACAAUUUUUGUGUAUGUGCUUAUUUGUGCUCUGCCUAUGCGUGUCAUGAAUUAGCCAACCAAAAUCUCCACCUGUGAGAUAUGACUGUUCCAGCAUUGAUGGCCACGCGAAGAUAUUCUGUUUAUCAGCUUCUGCAGUUACCCGACAGUUGUCCAUAUGCUCAUUUUUUUCUUUAUUUAGCUUAUUCCGAAUCUCACGUUGUUGUUCUCUUAUUUUUUUUAAAUUUCUGUAUACGUCUUUUUGGCGUCUGGUACACAUUUCCCUUCAGACGCGACAGAAAGCGUGACUUACUCGUGUCACCUUUGUUCACUUUCAAUUGCCCAAGACGUGUGAUAACAUUGAUAAACUAUUUUAGCAGCCGCACUGCACCCAAUGACCCGAAAUUGCGAGCGCGGCUGUCAAUCACCGUUUUAUUCCAAGGAAUAAAUUAGCGAGGUAUAAUUGCAUCCCUCCAAUUCCCCUGGAGCUGAAAGUCCGGAACAAUUUCCGUUGCAAUAAAGGUCGCGCAUUUCCCCACAAAUUCAUUCGAUUCCGCCAAGGCACCACAAGGUGACGUGUUUUUUUUUUUUUUUUUGUUCUUGUUCUAAGGAGCACGGCAAAAAGUUACUGAACCGAAAUGCACUCACGUGGUGCGCUUCCAGGGGAAGAAAGUAAAGGAGCACCUGUGGAAACAAAGCCGCUCCAUUACGAUUCCAGUCCGAGUAAAACAAGCUGAAUUCCACUCCUGAUGAAUUGGACACCAUUCCAGCUUCAAUCCAUUCCGUUCUUGUAAAAACAGGAAUGACUCUAGGGUCACUUUAAUUCCAGGAACCCUGGCCGCCACACAUUACUAGAACACGUUAACAUUACUACUCACGAGUCCCCGUUUGCGGAUGUCGAAUUCGCGCGGCAUCGACAUCACUCGUAAUGAAGUAGCCGUCGAAGGGCAUUCUUCCAGAAGGCAUUAAGUCGAAAGGACUUUUGUGGUACUUCUCACCGUCCCGGAAUGAUGAAGGCCACAAAGCAAACAUUCCCGUCAUGAAUGUUGAAGGUCAGUUGUCCCACCUGAUUUUUCGUCUCUCUUAUCUCUAUCUCUUUUUUUUUUAUUUUUAUUUUUUUGUGCUCCGCAGCUACAUGAAUAUUUGACUCGAGGUUGAAGCUAUAACGAGCGUCCUGUGCUUCCAAGACCCUCGUGAUUAAUAAGCGUUGCCACCUGUUUCAGGCUAUGUUCCCACACGCUUGCCAAAGCCACACUACACACAGUAUAUUGCAUACUACAUCUGAUAGGAUUUUUUUUUAAUUAUGCGCAUUCCUUCCUAAUGCCAGUAAUUAUAAAGAACAAACGGGUAGACCCUAUAAAAGCAGCCCCUUUAUCAGCAUCGUAUACAUUACGUUACGUCAGGUAAGCACUAACGUCUGCCUUCAAUUUACUGAGAUGUUUAACGGGAAUUAAGUGUGCCGAUUCUUUGCAUUUUGGAUGCACCAUGCCAAUAAAUGUUAAGUCAUGGAAACCUCCACAGCACGUGGCACGCUCAGCGCACCAACUGGAAGUAGCCUCCUCGAUAUCUUGCUGAAUCCACGAGUCAUUUAAAAAGCCAAGGAUUGAGCCAGGUUACUUAGUCAAUGCGAGCAGUUCUUUGUUGCAUUCUGCACGAUUACAUGGUUCAGAAGCUCACGAGACGAUGACAAUAUAUAUAUAUAUAUAUAUAUAUAUAUAUCCUAAAGUAGUUAGGUGAGAACAGAAUCUAUCUACCUUAUCCUAGGUAGAUAACGAGGAUACACCUAAUCAAACAUAACAAUAAUGCAUAAGGUAACGCAGAGAGAGCGCCAAUUCCCUCCUCCUUUCGCUCAGUACAUUUGGGCUCCAGUCCUUGAAAGCUAUUUAGAGGACUAAGGCUUUGUUAAGGUGUUAAUGAUGGCUAUGCGUGAAGCAUAGCCACAACUGACACCUUAAAGCGUUGCCGGCAAAACAGUCCGAGAUUAUAUGUGCCUGAGGUUAAACUGACGAGGCGAUUGAUCUCGGAAGAACACAGCGCCAAAUGGGCCCACAUUUCGCACUGAGGGCACCCAAACUAGGAUUCAGCAGAUAAGUUCCACGAACUUUGUGUUGCUGUGUUUCUGAGUUGUCUUUCAGUUUUAGUGUGGUUUUAAGUGAUUUAUUUUUCAUGUAUGUGGCCUUUAUUAUUUAUGAAAAAGAGUAGCCGGCACCAGUUAAAGGUGCCAGCAUCUCCUAAGCAUCAUAUAGUAAUAAUAAUAAUAAUAAUAAUAAUAAUAAUAAUAAUAAUAAUAAUAAUAAUAACGUUCCACGGUAAUCUGCAAGGUGGGGGAAGAUCUAUAUGAAAGAAAAGAUUUACCUUUCGUGGACCGAAACCAGCUGCGAAAAAAAAUCUGACCAUGAAAUUGGAGCUCGGGGCCAAAACAGACAACAAGGUUUGUACACGAAAGCGUUUUAUAAGAGUGCAAAUAAACUAUUUCUGUGAUACGCCCAUUUACAAGUCAACAAUAAUUCCCCUUUCGCGGCGUAAACUAGUUAUCCGCAAGCAACCCGUGUGAUCUUUCUUCGCGCCAGUCGUCUUCUCUGUGGUCUACAUAAUAAUACACUUUCGCUGUUUGUUAUCAUUGAAACUGCGUGUGAAAAUAUGCUUUAUUUUGUUAUCGCGCGUCGCAACGCGAGUGCCAUGUUUUGCAUUUCAAGCAUGCAUUUAUAUUAGCAGCCAAACGAUCGUGCCAUGUAAGCCCUUUGUCAGCAUGCAGUUCGUGCUAUAUAUAUGUGCCAUUUAGCAGUGCCAUGCUUCGCCUGCACUAUAUACGCGUAGUGUGCGUUAAAAUGUUUGUGAAGGCAAAUAAACAACAUUGUUACUAGUA